AUGCAGUACGACCAAUGCCAACUGUGGAAACAUCAACAACAACUGCUGGAACAAGAGCUAAAACUGCAGGACUCUCAACAAAAACUGCAGACCUGCCACUACUACUGCAAGACUAUCAACUACUACUACGGGAUCCACAACAGCAAAUGCAGUACGACCAAUGCCAACUGUGGAAACACCAACAACAACUGCUGGAACAAGAGCUACAACUGCAGGACUUUCAACAAAAACUGCAGACACACAAAAACAACAACAGUAUCAACACUGACAACUCCUGAACCAAACACAACAAUUGCUGGACCUCGAGCUACUACCACAGGACCCACAACAACAACUGCAGGACCAACAACGACAAGUUCUGAAGUAACAACAACUCCAGGACCUACAACGUCUAUUGCAGAACCAUUAACUACUAUUCUGAGAAACACAGAUUCAACUGCAGGGCCAACCACUAAUGUAGCAGGAUCUACAACAAUGACCACAGCGGAACCCAAUACAAUAACCGCAGGACCAACAAUAACAACUACAGGGCCAACAAUUACUACAGCAGGACCCACAACUACAAUGGGAGGUCCAGCAACAACAAAUACAGUGUCAACAACCGCAGGACCAACAACGACAACAAAAAUGAGUUCCAAUGUCGGACCCACUUCUGCUACAACAACAACAAGAACAGCUGGAACAACAAGCACAAUAAUGACAUCAGUAUCUUCAGCUACCACUAGAAGGUUUACACCUAGCCAAUUAGGACUCAUAUCUACAACUGAAGGAUCUACUGCUAUCAGAGUAGGGCCCACAUCUAUGUUGAGGACCACAUUUUCUACAACUACUAUAGUUGGGCAAACGAGUCAGGCUAUAGCUCCCACAACUUCCUCUCCGACAGUCAGAAGUACUGUAACAGAAACUACCAUCCCCGAGCCUACUGAGCCCUCUACAGAAAAUGAAGGGACGAUUGAUUUGAGAUUCAGCAUGAGACGUACGUUUACAGAAGACUACUUAGAUCCAAGCUCGACUGCCUAUCAGGUGCUGGCUGCUAAUGUUACGACAGAGGUUAAUAAUGGCUUCAAACCAAGUUUUCCUGGAACAUAUUCCAGGAGUACAAUCAAUUAUUUUGCUAAGGGAUCAGUCUUUGUGGAAAUGAUGCUGAUCUUCAACAAAGAAUCUGCUGUUCCCACUAAAAGCCGUGCAGUGCAGGUGUUGAAGGACGCAAUAAAACAUCUAAUCACUUUUCUUGAUGUGGACACUACUACUAUUGCUGCAGGACCAACCUCAGUAGGACCAACUACAAUAACCUCAGGACAAGCAACCACUGCAGGACCCACUUCUACUCAAGGGCAAAGUACAACUGCAGGACUAACAUCGAGUGACGCUACCACCUCAGGAGGACCAACUCUGAAAAUGACCAUCAGAACUGCUGUUUGUUUAGCCUUCUUCUUUAUGUUUAUCAAAGGACUGCUCUAAAAUAUGUAGAACCUUGAUGUAAACCAGUGUACCAAAAUGAAUAAACGUAAUCAAAUUUA